AUGGCAACAAUCAAAUCCGAGGCAAUCCAAUCAUUGAUUCUUCAAACUUUAUCAUCAGAAGAGACCAUUUCAGAUUCAAGACAACUUGCCUUGGAGGGGAAGUCGUUGAGCUCGACAGAAGACCAAAAUGUGAUCAGAGGUGUUUUGGAUAGUCUGAGUAGUAAAGAGAUGGUAGAAUAUAAACAAAUCACAACUACUUCAUACAUCUUGACUGAAGAAGGUAAAUUAAUAGAUGAAAAAGGUUCGCAUGAAAUUAGGGUAUGGCAAGUAUUGCCUGUUAAAGGUAAAGGUGAACCCAUCACAGUACCGGAAUUACAAAAAUUAGUAGGCCCAGGUAUAGCUAAAGUAGGACAAUCAAGAGCUUUUAAGAAUAAAUGGAUAGCAAAAGAUGGUAAUGGUUUCGUAAGAUCUGCCGAGGCACCAGUGGAUGAGACAGCUAUUCAACUUCGUGAAAUCAGAGAGAAAGGGGAUCACACUUCUGGAGAGAGCGUGACGAAAGAAUUACAGAAGAGGAAAUUGAUUGCACCCAAAAAACACAUUCACUACUCGAUUUCAAAAGGAGCAAAUUUCUCCACAGAAGUCAAACAACUCGAAACUGAUCUUACCGUUGAAAUGUUACAAUCUGGCGCAUGGAAAGACUCGUCCUUCAAACAAUAUAACUUCGCUGCUGCCGGUCAACCUACAGACGGAGGUGCUCUGCAUCCUUUGUUGAAAGUCAGGGAGGAAUUCAGGAAUAUCUUCUUCGAAAUGGGAUUCACUGAAAUGCCAACGAAUCGAUUCGUCGAAUCUGCUUUCUGGAAUUUCGAUGCUAUGUUCGUACCGCAACAACACCCUGCGAGAGAAAUGCAAGAUACUUUCUAUGUGAAAAACCCCGUGAAGUCACUUCAACCUGAACCAGAGUACUAUGAACGUAUUCGAAAAGUCCACGAGGAAGGUGGAUACGGCUCCAUUGGAUACAGAGCACCUUUCUCCAGGGAGGAAAGUGAGAAAUUAUUAUUACGAACUCAUACAACAGCAAUUUCAACUGCGAUGUUGUAUGAAUUGGCAAAUCAAAAAGGUGGUUUCAAACCUGCCAAAAUGUACAGUAUUGAUAGAGUAUUCAGAAACGAGACUGCAGAUGCUACUCAUCUUGCAGAGUUCCACCAAGUAGAAGGUGUAGUUGCGGAUUAUAACAUCACCUUAGGCAAUUUGAUCGCUUUCAUGCAGGAAUUCUUCGGUAAAACUGGUAACACCAAACUUCGAUUCAAACCCGCUUACAACCCAUACACAGAGCCUAGUAUGGAAGUUUUCUCAUGGCACGAAGGAUUAGGCAAAUGGAUUGAAAUCGCUAAUUCUGGUAUCUUCCGACCUGAAAUGCUUGAGCCUAUGGGAUUACCAAAAGGAGUCAGAGUAUUAGGUUGGGGAAUGUCAUUGGAAAGACCGACCAUGAUCAAAUACAAGAUAUCAGAUAUCAGAACUUUGGUAGGACAUAAAACUGAUUUGGAUCAAGUGAAGAAGAGAGCAGCUGUCAGAUUGGAGAAAGGUGAUGAUUGA